AUGGCACGGCGUCAGCCUGAGGUGACCCGGCGAGCUCCGAGUGGCCGGGUAUUCGCCGCUCAAGCCGAGGAACCUGCUGAGGCCGAGGAGGGCAACGUCGUGGCAGGUAUGGUUUUGGUUAACGGAAUUCGCUUCAGAGCUAUGUUUGAUACAGGUGCCACGCAUUCAUUUAUCAGUCGUUCUUUUGCUGAGAUGCGUGGCAUAGAAGUCCAGUUGAGUGGAAGUACUUGGCGGGUCGAUGCCCCCGAGCGCUCAUUUAUUAUCCGGAAGGAGUGUUUGGCGUGUCCGGUGCAGGUAGGCAGCUGGAUUAUGCCGACACGUUUGUUGGUGCUUAAGAGGUUGAAAGAUUUCGACCUAAUACUGGGCAUGGACUGGCUCUUGAAGUACUAUGCGUCUAUCGACUGCAAGAGCAAGGUUAUUACAUUUCGUGAGUCAGGAUAA